AAUGAGCCGUCGCUAUAUUCGAGGUGUGCGAUAGAGCGGCGAUAUCCACUGUAAUUGAAGUGUCUCCGCUCUUCUCGGUGAUGGCAAGUUACCGUAACUAUCUUACGAAUCGAGCACCUCGAAAAUAGCGACGGCUCAUUUGACCGCGGUAAAGAUGGCACCUAAAACCAUAAAAGCGGCUCUAGCUGAAAUGCUGGAUGAUCUGACAGAAGACAACUUCCACAGGUUCUGCCACCAGCUCCUGGACCGCAGACAGGAGCCGCGGGUCCGACGCAACAAAGUGGAGGGUAAACGCCGCUGGGACAUUGCAGAUGUGUUGGUUUCCACCUUUACAGAAGCCAAAUCCGUUGGAGUGGCUGUGGAGAUCCUGGAGGAGAUGGGCUGCGGCGACGAAGCACAGGAACUCGCUAAAUAUAACACAGAGGCAGGUGGAGCAGAAGCAGCAGCUGGUGCCAGUAACACUUCUUCCCAAGACAAGCACUUUGUGGACAAACAUAGGCUUGAGCUGACCAAUAGAGUGAGCAAUGUUGGAGCCAUUCUGGAUGAGCUUUUGGACGCAGAUGUCAUCCAACAAGAGCAGUAUGAUGAAAUCCAUGCUCUGCCAACCUCACAGGCCAAGAUGAGAGCGCUGUAUUCUGGUCCUCUGCGAGCUGCUAAAGCCUCUUCUUCCCAAGACAAGCACAUUGUGGACAAACAUAGGCUUGAGCUGACCAAUAGAGUGAGCAAUGUUGGAGCCAUUCUGGAUGAGCUUUUGGAUGCAGAUGUCAUCCAACAAGAGCAGUAUGAUGAAAUCAGAGCUCUGCCAACCCGUCAGGAGUUGAGAGCGCAUUAUUCUGGUCCUCUGGGAGCUGCUAAAGGCUGUAAAGAUGCUUUCUACCAAAGCCUUGAGAAGAACGAGAAACAUCUCAUGGAAGAACUUUAAAAAGACUGAAUAUUUAGAUGAAAUCAACUUUUAUACCAAAUACUGUUUAAAUAAAAACAAAAUUAUUUUAACUGUAAA